CGACGAUCGUAACACUAGACAUAUCCAUAUUCGGGCGGUUGGUCAUUCAGUCAUUUCCUUUCAACUGGCAACACUGUAUGUGUUGACAUAUUGACGUCACUAUCAACCCAGCGUGAAAGCCCUUUACAUACACAAAUAUAAAACUCACGACUUGUGAAGUUGUGAAAGUUCGAAAGUUGUGAGUUGUGAGUGUGAAGUGUGAAGUAAAAGUUGAAGUUUGAAGUUGAAAGUUGUAAACAGUAAACACCAUUAACACCAAAGCAGAUCGGACAAAACCAAAACUUUACAACUAAACAAUGAAAUAACAUUAUAACAUCUUCAAAUUAUUUUCUGUGAAAUAUUUUAACUGCAAAUUAUGUCCAUGUUCUGUAGAAACAUUCAUAACAAUUAUAAUUUGCUAAAAAUGAAUUCCAAUAAAAGUCCAAGUAAACAUGCAAAAAGUAGCAUAGGGAAUUUAUUAGGUGAAAAAUAUCAAAAUAAACCACAGACUUUGGUUCCUCCAGUUCUACAACAAGUUGGAAAGUUGGCUGCAGGUGUUGCUAGUGUUAGUACCAAUUUUGAUAUCAAAUCCGGUUCUGCAACAGGAAAUCCCCGCAACAAAUGUGCUCUUCAACCUGGCCAUUCCCUCAUGGAUUGGAUCCGACUCGGUGCAUCCGGAAAGGACCUAUCUGGCGUUGGAUCUUGCGCAGGCAAGUUAUCGGUGACGCUAGAAGAAUUAUCAAAGCACAACAAAAUUACUGACAUUUGGUUAGCAAUUAGAGGAAUCAUUUACAAUGUGACUGCCUACGUACCAUUCCAUCCAGGAGGCGCCGAUGAACUUAUGAGAGCAGCAGGAAUUGACGCAACGUCACUUUUCGAACAGGUCCAUCCUUGGGUGAACUACGAGCAAAUCCUGCAAAAAUGUCUCAUCGGCAGAUUGGUCUCUAUUGAUCCAUCCAUAAACACAAAUGAUUUAUUUUUCGGUAAGAAAGGCAACGGCCAAAUAACAAAAAAUAAUUUGAAAGCUGCAAAACAAACAAGAAUUGAAGAAACUGAAGAUACACUGGACAAAUCAUCGUCGACGCAGGUAGCUGCUUCAAGUUCUGCUGUAGUAGAAGAAGUUACCUUCCACUCAGAAGUGAAAUCUGUGAUAAAUCAAAUAAUAGAAGAUAUUCCAAGUUUACCAAGAUUUGAUUGGAUUCAGAAACUAGACUAUAUCACCAUCAUAUUUUACACUAGAUCUUUCUCAAAUCCUAUGGUAGAAAUAUUCCCUCCAACUCCGGGACAAUCGAUAAUAGUCGUCCUAGCCUACGAUUCAACAGCAUUUAGAAAUGAAUUAGUGUUUUAUGAAGCCAUUGAAUGGCCUUGUACAACCAAGGUAACUUGCGAGACAGGCAAGGUUGAGUUGGUGUUCCGAAAACGUGAUACGAGGAUUUGGGCGAAUUUUGGGGUGUUGCGACAAAUGAGUAAGAGACUGGAUACUGUUAAAUGUUUCAAGUGCAACUUCGUGUAUAGGGACAAGCUUCAGUUGAAUCAUAAUUUGUUUCUUCUGAGAUUGGAAAGGACUGACGGAGCAAAGAUUGUGAUGCCGAUUGGACAGCAUUCCAGAUUUACCGUGAAUAUUGAUGGGCAAGAAUGGUCUCGAAGCUACACCCCUAUCCCGUCCUCCCUCUUCUCGCAGCUAGCCACCCAUCUCCCAACCACCGACUCCGUUUGCCUGAUGAUCAAGCGCUACGACGAUGGAAACGUCAGCCGCUAUCUCACCGACAGGCAGAUCAACGAUGUGGUGUACCUCACUGGGCCCUUGGGCGAGUUCGAUAUCGGGACGGUAGAGGAAAGGAAUGGAUUUCUGAUGUUGGCAGCCGGCACGGGGGUUACGCCCAUGCUCGGAUUGCUGGUGUUUUUAUUGGAGAGGAGAAUCAGGAAAUGCCAGUUCUUGAGGCUCCUAUUUUUCAAUAGAACACUUCAGGAUAUACCGUUCAGAGCUCAACUUGAUACCUUGGAAAGGAGCGACUCGCGAUUAAAGAUAGACUACAUUUUGUCGGAACCAAACGAUGACUGGACAGGCUUGAGUGGCCACGUGAACGAAGGAAUGAUACAAAAUUCUAUCACUGACCACAUUAAAGACACCGGAUAUACGAUGAGAGACGUGUUCACCUUUAUCUGUGGACCAAAAAACUUCGUAACUCUUUCACUGGAGGAACUGGAGAAAUUAAACUUUUCUGAUGAUCAGUUGUUCGCUUUCCAGGGUUAGCCGCACAUCUCCCUAAACUAGCAUUAUUCCUCGCAGCUGGGAGAAAUGGAAUGAUACAAAUAUUGAAGCCACUAAUGAACUUUGAAAACUAUCACCAAUUAGGAAAUAUUUUAUAAUCGAGUUAUAGAGAUUCAAUACGAUCACUGAAGUUAGUAUAGCAGAUAAAUUAAUACAUAUCUGAUUAUUCUUUUGGUUGGUUAUUGAUUAUUCUCUUCGCAUUCAAACUGGAAUAUUUUGGAAAUAUUCACACUGGAUUAUCCUGCCGAAAUAUUCUUUGUUAUUUUGGAUUCCUCGGAUGUUCUAGAGGCAUUAAUAUAUUUUACAAAUAUACAAUAUAUAAUUG